GUCCUCGUUAAUUCAUCAUCACAUAUCCUCCACACAAAAAGUCACAACCUAUUCCAAUAUCAAAAGAAAGAAUCAGAAAAAGCGGGCGCCGGGCGCCGGCAUACGCUCAUAAUGGCGGGGGAGAAGAAGUUGCGGAUAAAAGUGGAGUCGCCGACGUCGGAGUUCCGGGCAGAAGUGAACGGCAGCGGUAAGGUGAUGGAUCUGAUAAAGAUAAUAAAACGGGCGUGGGGGAGUGAGUACAUGACUCUCCACACCGACUCUACAGAAAUGAAGAGCGACCAGCCCCUCUCUGCUUACAAUCUCAGAGACGGAUCUGUCGUCAAAGUCAGAGUCUUUGCCGACGCUCCUUAGCUUCACUCCGGCCACCCUUAGUUCCGUUUGGAGAUUUAAGAUCGAUCGAUAUAUGACUAAACAAACGUUUUAUUCAUGGGCAUCUAUUUUUCCUAGCAAGAUUCUCUUUAAUCAUCAAACGUACGGCUGUGUUUGGAACAUAUAUAUAUAAUCUUUGUAUUUCAAUUCCAUUUCUUCUUUUUCGCAUUGGAGUUGUAUCUUGUACCAAGUACUUCUACUUAGUAGUAUAUCUCAAACCCACCCUUUGCUUCUUCAUACAACUCCUCGCCCUCGUACGUACUUCCCCAAUAAUAACGGUGAAAAUUACUACAGUACUGUACUACCUUCCUCCCAUAUUGACC